GUACAGGAAUAAUUUGCUUGAGCUCGUGACUUCAGCUGGCGGAACCAUUAGCUCAUUUGAAAAAGUGUUUGGCUCGGAGAAGGCUCCACGAGAAAGUAGAUUGUUGUUGAUGAAGCCAAGUCUUGAUACGAGCAUCUAUAACAUGAUGAUUCCCUCGGCACAUACAGUGUUCGCAAGAAGUCUUCCUUUCACAAGUCAAGACAAAGUACUUGCAGCAGCAUUAUCUGGAAAAGCAACAGAAUGCCAGCUAGAGGCUGCAGCUCCGUCCUGCCCCUCUCUCGCAGCUACAAAUGCUGAGAACGAAGGUGUCAUCCUAUCGAAGGAGAUGGCGCGGAAUUCUGCUGAAAUGGUUUCCAGCUAUGCAGCGGAGGAGAAGGUGAAGGUGCUUGGUCGUGCGGAGGAAACUACAGGCGCCCAAUCUGGAAAACAGGGACAGAAGAGGAUGAGAGAAGAUCAAGCACGGGGCAGUGAAGGGGUGGUGGCAUCGGCAACAGGGUCAGCAGGGGCUCACAGUCAAGGAGUAUUCAGUCAGAUGGUGAAAAGUGAACCUUGGACCGAAGGACCCCCUUCGGGCAGUGAGAGCCAGUUGGCUGACACAGGCGUAAAAAGGAGACGGGUUUCCUUGAUGGAGAUUUUGCAGAAACGACAAAAGUUAGGAGGGUUACCAUGUCCUCUGACAGCAAGUCAGGCAGCUGUGACAACGGCGAUGCAAAGUGCAACAACGAGAAGAGAUGUUGUGCAAGGGAGGGAGGAGGACACGGAAUCACCUCUGCCUCGCAGUCCUUCUGUGGGGGAUAGGCCAAAAAAUAGGACGGCCGUCAGCAUGCCCCCUCUGCAGCUAGAAGGUGUUCAGGAAUGUAAGAAUAUGAGCCUUCUGGAUGGCAAGACAGAAAAAGGUACAGGUGAUGGAGUCAGGUUCAUUUCCCACACCGCGAAGGAGAAGGAGCUGAACAUGCUGAAGACCGAAAACGCACCGUCGGAUCCAGCAACAGAAACACCUCCUUACGUAGAAUCGAUGGCAAAUACAGUGAAUGUCAAGUCAGGAGAGGAGCAGGCUGAGAAAACACCAUCUGACAUUAAGGUGAAGGCUGAUCCUGUCCCAGACAUGGGUUUGCCUGCUGCUGCUUCAAAAGCAGCUGUCAUACACAAAUCCCUCAUUGUGGUAAGGGAUUUUCCUGAGAAGUUCUCUUCACAAGUGACGAACAGGCAUGGCCAGGGAGCAAAGGUCGUGAAUUUCAAGCGUUUCCGGAAAGUGCAAGCACUUGCGCCCCCUGGCAACAGCUUCGAGUGUCUGGUCCCAAUAGCAAAGGAGCCAUACAGGGAUGUAGAUCGUACAGAGGAAACAGAGCGAUUCAAUCGGCAAGAGAAGCAGCGUCGGGAGGAGGAAAGACUUGCCGAUGAACUGUUCCGCGCGGACAAGACCCUACACCCGGGAGACGAAGCACGACUUCGUGCCGAACGUAGAGCCCGUGCUCUUGCAGCAACGAGGGCAGAAGGGAACCUAGCAGCUAGUGAACAGGCUGCUGCAGCAGGCAGAGCAGUAGCAAUGUCUAGCGCAGCGGCAUCCUCUGCUGCAUCGUCCGCGGUAUCCUCGUCAGGGACCCAUUUNGAACAGGCUGCUGCAGCAGGCAGAGCAGUAGCAAUGUCUAGCGCAGCGGCAUCCUCUGCUGCAUCGUCCGCGGUAUCCUCGUCAGGGACCCAUUUAGAGAACCUCAAGAACUUGCUGGCCAGCGAGGUUCGCCUCGAGUAUCACUCUUUUGAGACAUUGUCUAGAAAAGCCUUAGACUUAGAUGCCACUCUAGGGAAUGCUCAACCUACUCAGAAUGACUCAAAGAAGAAGAAGAGUCCGCAGGAAUGGAAGAAGAAAGGGGUUAAAUUGAUGAUGGUUGAGUCCGAUGGGACUCAAACAGAGAUCGAUGAGCUCACAGACCUGCUGGACGCUUCAGAGUACGACGGCGAGGAGAUCGCUGAGGGUAGCACCCUCGCCGCAGUAGUCAAGGCUAAGGCUGGUGGCCGAGUGAAGGGCCAUCAAAAGAGUCAAGGGAAGGCCGCCUCCAAUCAGACCAAAGUUGCUGAUCGGGUCAAGGCAGGUCUUGAUCAGGAAGUGUGGCGGGACCGCCGAGUGCGUGGUGCUUGUAUUAACUGUGUCGCCUCUCCUUUGACGGAUCUAACUCGACUUGACACGCCGUGGGACUGGAGUGAUGAGUGCGAGGGUGCUUUCAAGCGAUUGAAGCAUGCACUCAUGAAUUAUGAAGUUCUCAUGGUUCCCGAUCCUCAGAAGCCAUUUAUAGUGACCACUGACGCAAGCCAAUAUGGCAUUGGCGCAAUGCUGGCUCAGCAGGAUGGGAAGAAGUUGAGACCGAUUGAGUACAUGAGUAAGAAGAUGCCAUCUAAGAAACUGGCAAAGUCCACCUAUGAAAGUGAACUCUAUGCUCUCUACAAGGCACUUGUCCAUUGGAGACACUUUCUGUUGCGACGGUUCUUCUACUUGAGAACUUACCAUCAGACGCUCAAAUGGAUCAAGACUCAACCGGCUCUUUCUGAUGCACUCAAGCGCUGGAUUGAGGUCAUAGAUCAAUAUGACUUCAAGCUUGAGUAUCUGAAGGGAGAGUACAACAAGGUUGCGAUGCGCUAUCUCGUAGAGCAGACUACCUAGGGGCGCUGGUUUCUGAGUUUGGUGUAUCUCAGGAAGUAACUCAAUCGUUGGUGGGAGCCUAUCAGGAAGACCCUGUCACGAUG